CUUUUCACUGUACCUCGGUACACGUGACAAUAAACUAAACUUAACUAAAGAAGUUGACCCUCCAAGAUGCCAUUGACCUUGCACAAGGGCAUGAAGCUACAAAGAGGCAAAUGUCUCUUAUGGGCAGGGGAGUGGAUGCAGUGAAGGUCUGUACACAAUACAGACCAAAACAUCUUGAGCUGACAUGAAAUUGCCUGCAGAGCUACUGAAUGGAAGAAAUUAUAAAAUAACCCAUCCAAGCAAAAUACACCUUCCUCAAGACCAGGAGGAAGUACGACAACCGCUGACUGAUGCUCAAACUGAAGAAAGCCAAUAAUUCAACAGACAUGCUAAAACAUUGCCAGAACUGUUGAGACGACAGCAGUUGCUCUGAGCAUUGGAUCAUCAGGCCAGAAUUUACAAUGAAUCAAUAUAGAAUUUAUAUAUAGUUCAAUUACUAUAGGCCCAUUCUUAGUCAUGUGUGUGACCAAAAAUCUGAAAGAUCGUGGAAUACAUCUCUUCUAAUACUGAGAGCAUUACAGACCCAACCAAAUAAUAACAGAAUACAUCCUACCUACCAACGAGUAAAACAUUCCUGAAACCCGUUUGUAAUUCAAUCUAUUUACAAGAGGGAUCAGUUUGCAUUUGCAAAGGCACUGGGAGAAGACUAAAUCUUCGUCAUGUCCAAGCAAAGAACUGUGCACCUGGAGUGUGGGAAAUCAACACAAGUACUUUAUGUCCUCGGGACUGUAAUCAACAUUGACAUUUACAAACCAUCUCCCCCAGGGUGUCGAUCCUUUGAAGUCACCUCGAGCCCUGGUGUCAAUUAUUCCAUCUCAGACAAACAGAAUGGCAGCAUUGUCACUCACCCCGUGAUACGCUGGGCUCUCACUGAAGACAGCUUGCUUCUUGUCACGGUGGACCAAGAAAGCUCAGCUGCCAAUGAUGGAAAGGUUAAGGUUACAUUUUAUGGAGACGAUUUGGAUAAACCGGUUGACAAGAUGACCCUGGAGCUCACGGCAGUCUACGUGUCUUUGGAUGUGGAUGCAGAUCGCGAUGGAAUAGUUGAAGAGAAUAAUCCUAAUAAGUCUGAUUCACCUUUCUGUGGAAUAGUCAUGCUGAAUGUAUUCUCUCUCUCUCAGGAUGAAAUCGAGUUUGGUUACAUAGAAGCUCCACACAAGUUCAUGAAGGUAGUGAUGGAUUCUCCUCGAAAUAGGGGCCUUAAGAAUUUCGCCUACACAUUCCUCUUGGGCCAAGAUUUUGGACGUAUCGACGUGAAAAGUGACAAAUUCGUGGAUUCUUUGGACGCCUUUGGAAAUCUGGAGGUCAGCCCUCCUGUGACAGUGAACGGCAAGGAAUAUCCGCUGGGCAGGAUUGUCAUUGGAAGCCACCUACCCAUUCACCCACAUGGGAGAAAGAUGGUAAAGGACACCCAGGACCUUCUGAUGGCUCAGUCUGUGCAGUCUCCCAUAAUACUAUACUCGGACUGGUUGUAUGUUGGUCACGUCGAUGAGUUCAUGUCCUUUGUUCCAGCACCUGACAGAAAGGGUUUUAGAUUACUUCUCGCCAGUCCCUUUUCGUUCUACAGUCUGUUCAAGAGGCUCCAGAAAGAAGGUCAUGGAGAAGCUAUGAUGUUUGACAAUACAUUCUGUGACCCAGUUAAAAUUAAUGACAUCCUGAAAAAUCAAACGUUGCAUGAAAGAAAUGCCCAUGUACAGCAUUGCAUUGAUUGGAACCGAGACAUCCUAAAGGUGGAAUUGGGAUUAGAUGAAGCAGAUAUCAUUGAUAUCCCAACAUUGUUUAAGCCAACCAAGGCAACCUAUGUAGGUGCUUACUUUCCAGAUAUGGUGAACAUGAUAGUUCUUGGCAAGUACUUGGGAAUUCCAAAACCCUUUGGGCCGCUGAUCAAUGGAGAAUGUGCACUGGAAGCUGUAGUGCGCUCAGCAUUGGAACCACUUGGCCUGGAUUGUACCUUCAUUAACGAUUUCACCUCCUACCACAAGAAGCACGGAGAAGUUCACUGUGGUUCCAAUGUUCGUCGCAAACCCUUUACUUUGAAGUGGUGGAACAUGAAGAUAUAAUCACCAGUUACAGUUCCCACAUGUGACAAGCAUUGCCUUAUUUUUCUGCAGCUUUGGUAACGGUGUAACCUACUGGAAAGUCUAUUACCUAAUGGCUUGGAACCUGUGCUCAUACCUUCUCAGGAUGUAGGAAGUUAUUUUGUCCAAUAGUCUAUAUCUCAAAGCAGUCCCAUCAAUCCUAAUCUCCCACUCAUUUAGUCAUACAGUAUGGAAACAGGCCCUUUGGCCCAACUAGCCCACACCGGUCAACCUAGCCCACACAGGCCAACAUCAUUUCUAUUAAGAUUUAUCUCAUGGUCUAGAAAUUAAAUCAUCAGAGCUGCUGCUCUUUAUGCCAGCAUCUCAGCACCAAAAAUAAACAUUAGAGGGUGGAGUUUGACAGCACUCAGGAAAUUGAACGAGUCCUCUUUACAAUUUAGACUUUCGAGAUGCAGU